AUGUUAAACUCUGGGCAAAAGACCUCCCUUUUUUUCUACAAAGAGUGUAAUUCCACCACCAGUAACUGGAAACUCAAGACACUUGUAGAAGUUUUCCAAGAGACAGGGAAUUGGUUCAUAGAGAGAAGAGAAAGAAAGUUUACCUCUCUGGAUGACCUCUUACAUCUCCGGGAACUCGAGCAUCAAAAUUAUGCUGAUAAAGUUGCAGAAAUGGCUGAUCUCUUGAUGUUCAUUGAAAUGAUUAAAGAACUGCUUCAGCUUGAUUCUGAAACACGGAUUACACCCGAACAGGUGCUGGAUCAUCCCUUUGCAAAAAUGAGCCACAUGGCGUCCUUCUACCACCUGAGCUCCUAUGUAAAGUCCUGUUAUCAGCACACAGAGACCUGUAAGAAAAACAGCCCAGUGUCUUCAGAUAGCAGGACAGGAGUGAGUGAAUCUCUGCAGCAGCCCAUGUCUGAGACCAGACAACCUGCCCAACAGCAGCUUCAUCCCCCUGCAGCUGAGAGCAAAAUCCUGGAGAGGCCCCCUUCCUCCAGGACCACAAGCCCAUCCCAAAAAAACUGUCCUCCCCCUUCAAUUCAGAGAAGCAGACCCAACUGCUCCAGGCCCAGUCACUGUGAAACUGCCCAGACAGUUUCAGUCAAACCAAACUUUAAAAGAAAGCACCCUGAUGAAGAUACAAAGGACACCAGUCAGUUAGUAAAAAGGAGGACGACUGACUGGAAAGAUGUGGGUGAAAAAAUACCCCCCUCUUCCACAGACCAAUACCAAAAGAAAUUCCGGUAUUCUCCUGGGCCGUCCUGCUCAACCAACAGGACACAGAGUUCCAUGACAGGGACUAAGAGGAGGAUCAGGAUAAAACUGCCUUCCAGAGCCCACAAAAGAGGGCCAGAAAACACCACGGAGACAGCUGGAGCAGCUUUAGAUCUAAAGGACAGUCGGGCUGAUGACCAUCGCUGCAGAGAAGCAAGAGGAGGAGCAGCAGCACACCAUACAAUUUUUCCCGCAAAUCGUUGGCAUCAUGGCGAUUAA